UUAGACGGUUGCUCAGGGUGAACGCAACGAAGUGAACACAUACAGCAUUACAACAAACAAGAAUCACAUUUUCCCCUAAAUCUACCCAGUCUCCCCUUUCCCUCACACAUGGCGUCCAAUACUAAUAUAGAUAUCGAGGGUGCUACCCAGCAUCUCCGGGACAUUCUUAAGCUCGACCGUCCUGGGAACGGCACUGAUACACAAUCAAGUGAUGGUCCAAAAAUGCCAUCUUUUAACGGAGAGCUGAAUGGCUUAUUGGGAGCAGCAGGCCUUCUGGGAGGUCCUGAUCGGUCAACCUUAUCGGAAUCUACCAGACCAAUCUCCACAGAUCUCAGCAGCACACAGGAGACCCAGAUAAUCUGCCUUUCUGGAGAUGAUGGCUCCACCUGUAUCCCUAUAACCUCUAACAAUGUGGAGAUCGUGGCAAGUCAGGAUUCUGCUAUAAACAGCAAGGCCCGUGGCAGCAACAAGGUGAAGAUCCAGCCUGUUGCCAAGUAUGACUGGGAACACAAGUAUUAUUAUGGCAGACUGAUUGCCGUCUCUAACUCCUUUGUAGCUUAUGCUAUAAGAGGAGCCAACAACCAUGCAAUGAUCCGUGUCCUGAGUGUGGGUUCUGCAGAGCGCUCUCUACUUAAGGGCUUCACAGGAGCAGUCACAGAUCUGGCUUUCGCCCAUCUGGACUCAUCUCUCUUGGGUUGUGUAGAUGAAGCAGGCAACUUGAUGGUUUGGCAGCUCACAUGCACUGGAAGCAAAAUUCUUGACCAAAUGGUGGUGCAUAUUCGACGGCCAGAAGACACUCCAUUAAACUCUCACCGCCGCCUCAUCUGGUGCCCGUUCAUACAGGAUGACAAUGAAGAGAAUCAAGAUGACAACAGCCAGACCUUAGCCCUUUUACAUGAAGACAGGGCUGAAGUGUGGGACCUGGAAGUUUUAAGAGCCAACAACAGCAGUUGGCCUGUUAAUGACACAGAUCUCAAAGAAGGCCUCAUCACAGUUAAAGGCCAUACCCAGCGAGUCAGUGAAGGGGCUUUGUCUCCAGAUGGAACUGUACUGGCUACAGCUAGCCAUGAUGGCUACAUAAAAUUCUGGCAAAUAUACAUAGAAGGGACACAGGACAAGCCAAGAUGUCUUCAUGAGUUGCGGCCUCAUGGAGGACGUCCCCUCUCCUGCCUUCUUUUUUGUGACAACCACAAGAGGCAGGACCCUGAGGUCCCUUUCUGGCGGUUCCUGAUAACGGGGGCAGAUCAGAACCAGGAGCUGAAAAUGUGGUGCACUGUUUCUUGGACUUGUUUACAGACCAUCAGGUUUUCGCCUGAUCUGUUCAACUCACCAGUUCUGCCAAGUCUCAAGGCCAGUCUCGACCUUUCUGCUGAGUAUCUCAUACUCACUGAUGUACAAAGAAAGGUUCUCUAUGUAAUGGAGCUGAGACAGGAUCUGGAAAAAGGCAAGGCCACUUUCACAGCAGUGUCAGAGUUCCUUUUGACCCACCCUGUGCUCAGCUUUGGAGUCCGAGAUGUCACGCAAAGCCGGCUUCGACACACUGAGGUCCUCCCUGCAGAGGAGGACAGUGAAAGCCUGACAACAGAGGGCACUCAAGGACCUACAGAGUCCAAGUCUGGAAUACAAAUCAAACUCUACUGUGUUCACACCAAGAGUCUGCAGGAUGUCCAAAUCUGGUUUCAGCCAAACUUGGGCUACAGCUCCACAGUCUUCCUUCCUCACUCUGAUUCUCAGGAUGGCUUUGCAGGGUUUUCAGAACAUCUCACAGACCAGAGCUCUGACAAAGAAUCAGGAAAUGGCUCACAGACUGACCUGAGGAAGAUUUCAUCGCUCCCUGCUCCUACUGACUUCUUGUCAAACUCAGCUACCAGCAGCGGGACAAUGCCCAAGCUGAUGACUCCAGAUGCCUUCAUGACACCGAGCACUUCAGUACCAGCAUCUCCUGGCAGCAGUGCCAGCAGCCUGACUAUCGUGACAGCUAUCAGCAGCAAUUCUGACUCAACCAACAGAGCUAUAGAUGAUGUCAGUCAGAGCCCUAACAGAGCUGAGAACAACAGCAGUAGUAGCCUGGCACUCUCGACCUCCACCAGCAGCCCAAAAGCUGCUUCUACUGUGCUGCUGCCUGGACUAGAGAAUCUACAGGCUUUAGUGCCCCCCAGUGGUCCUCAUGCAUUUGACAGCCCUCAGGUUCUGGACUCUGCCCUUUUGCCACCUUUGGCCUCUCCAACCAGGGCUCGAUCCCCUGAUGUAAUCUCUUCAGCCUCCACUGUAAUGUCCCAGGAUAUGCCAGAGAUUGCAUCCCAGACUCUGCAGCUUCAGCGUGGACUAGUGUCCAGCUUGGAGCCUUCACCAUUAUCUGCUCUACAGACAGACAGCAUGGCUUCUGCUGCAUCUGCCCUGCAUUUACUCACCUCACCCCGUACAGCCAACAACAGCCUGAUGCCCCUUGAACUUGGUGGUGCAGAUGCACCAGUGGGUGGGGCAGUAGAGUCAGAACCUAGACUCAGCCACACCCCAUCUCUACUGGAGAAUGCUUUAUCCCAGGAGAACGCUGUGGUUGGAAUAGGAUCAGCAGAUGGAAGCAUAAGCCACACACCAUGGCCUGCUGCACCUGACAUCACUAGGGAAACUAGGAACAGUCUAAGAGACAAUGGGCUUGGAGAAUGUUCUAGAGAUCAAGAAUCAAAAGACAGACAUUUGAGCUCACCUUAUCACCGACGCUCCUUUCACCUCACACACAAUGACAGUCUGGAUGCAGGCCCUGAGCAGAGUGAUCCUGAUGAUGAGGUAGCCAGCCUGGCAUCAUCUUCAGGAAAUUGUGGGGCCCGCUCUUCUCAUAGACUACCGGUUAAGGACUGGAAGACCUCACCACGGGGCUCACCAAAACCAAAGAGGAAGGCCAAGAAAGAUGACAGUGAAUCACCGAAGGCCAGGCAAAUGGAUUCUAGUCAGGUGAAUGCAGAAGUACAGGACGAGUUAUUGAUGCUUCUGCGUAGCCAGCAAAGAGAGCUAACUGAACUGCGUGGACAAAUUGAAGCCAUGCAGAGCUCCAUUAUGUCCCAGGUUGAGCAUGUCCUGACCACCCACCAGGAACAAGAACAGCGCAGACUAGAGCGAGUUCUGACAGAAAGUCAGAAUCAUCAGCAGCAGCUUCAGGAACAACUCAGCCAGCAGCUCAGCCAUGCCCUCAGCUCAGCACUGACCAACAGAAUGGAUAAAAUACUACGAGAGGAAAUGAAGAAAACAGUCCCACAAACCAUCUCUAAAACUCUGGAGCCAGUGACAGGUCAGCUCAGCAAUACAAUCGCUGCCAAGCUCACUGCUGUGGAAGUCACCCUAAAGGAAAAUGUUAGCAAGGUUGUCAAAUCCAAAAACACAACAGAUGCCAUUGGUCGAGCUGCAGCUGAAGCGAUGCAGGGGCCCAUACAGGCUGCAUAUAAAGACGCUUUCCAAGGCAUUGUGCUCCCUGUCUUUGAGAGAGGUUGCCAGUCCAUGUUUCAGCAAAUCAAUGACAGCUUCAAACAAGGCACACAAGAAUACAUUCAACAGCUUGAGAGCCACAUGAAGAGCAGAAAGCAGAGGGAGCAGGAUACCAGAGACCCUGUGAUUGGCCAGCUCCAGCAGAUGAUUGAUGGCUUACAAAGCUCCAAUGAUCAGCUGGCCAAUAAUAUCACUGCUAAUGUCCGGGCAGAGGUCCAGCACCAGAUCCAGAUGAUGGUGGGAAAUUUGCAGGAGUCUAUUCUUAGUCAUGUGCAGCGGAUUGUAAAAGGGGAGGUGAGCCUGGCAAUGAAGGAGCAGCAGGCAGUGGUCACUUCAAGUAUCAUGCAGGCAAUGAGGUCAGCUGCUGGAACACCCGUCCCAACAGCACAUCUUGACUACCAAACACAGCAGGCCAACAUCCUUCAGCUCCUCCAGCAGGGCCAGCUCAACCAGGCUUUCCAGCAGGCUUUGUCAGCGACAGAUCUGAACUUGGUCUUGUAUGUAUGUGAGACCAUCGACUCUCAGCAGGUGUUUGGGCAGCACCCCUGUCCUCUCAGCCAGCCUGUGUUGCUGUCACUCAUUCAGCAGCUUUCCUCCAACUUAACAACCCGCUCUGAGCUUAAAAUUAGUUACCUGGAGGAUGCAGUGAUGAAUCUAGAUCACAGUGACCCCAUGACAAGAGACCACAUGGCCAUUGUGUUAACCCAGGUUAGACCAAAGGUCUUUGCCUUCAUGCAGCAGGACCCCCACAGCCCACUAAGCAAGAGGGCUCGACGCCUCAUGAUGAUGCUCCAGGGACUUGUUAACCACUAGUCCUUCAGUAGAAGCCUGCUGCAGAAGAGUCAUUUUCUAAAUAACUACAGAUUGGAAGUAUAUUUUUGUUCAGUGAUACAUUUUGGAGAGGAGAAAACAACCAGGACAACUUAAGACACCUAUUUCUUGGAUGUUGAGGAUGGAAUUUGCUGGUUGGAGGUGGAAGAAAAGACUUCAUCAAUGACAGUUCAUACCUUGUGCUUACCAAGAAAUUUCUCCAGUUCUUCUGACAAAAAGUUAAAUCAUUCUCCCUCCCUUCUUUCUCCCAGUUUUAUUUCUCUCCCAACAACGUGCACCAGUGAAGUAACAAGUUGUAUAAUAGAAACCGUUUUUGUUGGACUACUUUUGUUGUUUACAGUAACCAAUGAAAAUAGUGCUCUGGAUUUUUAAGUUAACUGUAGACUCUUCCUGGUUGUCACUUUUUCUCAUCCCUGUUUCUUCAGAUUUCCUACACCUGGCACUUCUCUGAUGUCUCUUCAUCUAAACAUGCAAAGACUUAAAGAAUGUUGGGCUGAGUGGUUCACAGAACAAAUGUUCCUUUAGUUCUUCUGUGUGCCUCUGACUGGUCUUACAAACAAGUUAGGAUUUGGAAUAUGGGUUCAAUCAACCUUGCAAAAUGCCCUAAUGUAUCUUAUGUUGGGCAGGCUCGGACAAACACAUGACAGACCAGCGUUCAACUUGGAAUUCAGCUGCGACACAGGAUUAUGCUGUCCUGGGCUGUUUUUUUUCUUCUUUAAACCAACAAAGGCAAUCCCAGCAACUGAAAGUACAUAAAAUCCAAAGCCAUGUUGUGUUGGCUGCAUACUUCCCUUUCAGUUAUUCCUUAUUAGGUUGGAGACAACAUUCUUGCCAGGCGAAAUAUUUUUUCUGCUUUGAAGAGGAACAGCAUGUUGAAUUGUUCUUCUGAAAUUUAACCUAAUUUUGGUCUGUUUUUGGAAUUAAGAAUGAAACUCAUAUCUCAUUAUCCCUUUUCUGUCUGGUUAUGUUUUCAAAAAUAAUGGUAUAAUGUAUGAAACUAAUAAGAUUAUGAAGAACUAGAAAUAACAUUUUGAAAUGUCACAGACAAUUCACAAGGUUCUGAAAAGGAGGAUUGCCUGGUAAAAUCUGAGAUGUUUGAUGCCCAAAUAUUUGUUGGCAGCCGUCCUGGUGUAAAGCUAUGCCCUGUAUAUUGAUUAGACUUCUCCAUGUUUUUUUCUGUAUGUCAGUCCCUUUUGUUAAAAAAAAACAUUUAGUAUUUGUAAGACUUGACUAUUUCUUUAAGAACUGGCAAACUAGUCAUAUUAAAUAGCAAAUACUUCCUAAAUAUUAUUGUUACUGAUUGUUCCUUUGUUUGGGUAUUCCAAGUAAUGUUUGUUAAUUUGAUGUGCAGUUGCUUCUCUCGAGCUGUAGGAGGCAGCACUUGUACUGCAGAUAUGUACCCUGCUGAAAAUUUGAAUUCAGAAGUCAUUCCUGCUCAUGUAAGAUCAGUUAUAAUAAUAACCAUUGCAAAGCUGCCUUUAGGUUUUAGAUGCACUAUUUCAUCACAUUUAAAGUGUAUGAUAAUUUGUGUACAGCUCAUUUACACACAUUAUGGAUAAAAUACAGGGUGGUCACACUGAUUUGCUGAUUGUAAAAUUAAAGUUCUGUUAAUUUGACCUAUCUAUAGAACUGUUCAGUUGGAUGUGUCUAGCAAGUGCCUUAUUGUACUACUUGUCUUACUUUAAUAGUUAACCCCCACACCAGUUCCAUUUAAGUCAUUCAGAGGUUACUGUGGGUGGCUCUUAUGUACAGCGGAGGAGAAACUGUAUUAUCUGCUUGCAAACAUUAUACUAAAAGACAGUUGAUUUUGACUAAUAUCUGAGAGCUCACAAAUAAGAGAUGAGUAUUGUGUUGAUUAUUAGCACCCAGGUCUUUCAGUUACACUCACUAGUUUGUUCUGAGUGGAGCUGUACACAAAAUAUUAUUGAGGCUAGUGUGUAAAUUACUUUCUCUUUUCAUUGUGUUGUUUUCCCUCUGCUUGGGCGGUUCUGUUGUAUCUUUUACAGUUCAUUUUAUCCUAAACAUUUUUGGAAUAAAAUAAAAGAAGA